AUGGCCGACCAAAAGGACGCCUUCCAGGCCCUGUCCAGUGAGAAUCGCGGUACAAUCAUCACCUUGACCUCUGUCUCCCUCCUGAUCGUGGCCAUCAUCUUUGUGGCCGCCAAGUUCGGGUCUGCGAUCUACUUCAAGCAGCGACGAACCGCUGUCAAUACUCCUAUUUGGGCGGCUUUGAUUUGCGCAAUCAUCCAAGUCGUUCUCUUACAGAAGGCGGUUGACCAUGGACUGGGAAAACACCAAGACCGACUUAGUGAUGGCGACAUCCAGGCCUGGAGCAAGUUCGCAUAUGCGGCGCAUCUUCUGCUGAUCGUUGCCAUGUCGCUUUCCAAGAUGUCGACCAUUCUGCUGAUUUGGAAGUUAACACCGAGUAAGAGCCUGCAUCGCAGCUGUGCUGUUACUGCCGGUGUUGUUGUGGGCUGGUCAAUCUUCGCGGUGUUGGGUAUAGCAUUCCAAUGUGCGAUGCCUGGUCCGUGGCUGUACUCGCCUGAGCGAUGUGCUGGGGAGGGUACCAUAUUCUACCCCAUCGCAGUCUUCAACAUCCUCACGGAGGUCAUCAUCGUCAUCCUGCCCUUCAUCAUGAUGCACAACGUCCAGAUGAUCUGGCACAAGCGAGUGAAGAUCCUGUCCUCCUUCUCCUCGCGCUUAAGCAUCGUCGCCCUCGGAAUUGUCCACCUGGCCCUCCUCCCCUCCUUCAGCCACUCCACCGACAUCUCCUGGGAUAUUGUGAACUGGGAAAUCACCGCCCAAGCAAUGAUGCUCACAGCCGUCAUAAUCGCCUGCGUCCCAACCCUCUACCACAUCUUUGCCGGCCUGCACUCAGGCCUAACCACAACGCAAAUCCCCGACAGGAUCGGUCUUGAACUUCCGCAGACCAAAGCAAGCGGGUAUAUCAAUCAGUCUUCUUCUGGGGUCAGCCAGUCACAUUCGCGGUCUCGGUCGCGCGGUCGCUCGAGGAAGAACGGGCGGUCGAUGUUCGAUGGGCGGGAUACGGAUGUGGUAGUUAUCACGGAGGUUUCCACGGGUGCAGAUCAGGGAGACAGACAGUCGAGUUCUAGUGAAGGGGCGGAGAGCACAAGGAAUUUGACACAAGAUUCGCAGAGGAAGGGGGGGGUGCUGAGGACGGUCGAUGUGACGGUGAGUGUUGAGAAACAGGAUCAUUGGGUUAGACAUUGA